AUGCCGGAUGGGUUCAUUCGACGGGCGAUGGAUGACGAGACGUGUGACUUCACCGCAAGCCCAGUCAAGUUUCUCAAAGCCAUUAUCAGCAGGAUCCGGUUCAACUGCGAGGGUAUUGAGAAGACACAUCUUGGGAAGAUUUUGGAGGGAGCUUUGCUGACAGAAGAUGAUUUCCGUGGACAAGAGGCGCGAGCGCAGAGUUGGGACGAGGAGAAUGAAGGAGAUAAUGAAGCCCAAGUUAAAUAUUUGAUAAUUGAUAAGACUUCAAAGCCCCAGAACUCUGAUGUGGUAUGA